AUUUCGUAGUUUCCUGGUAACCAUUCAGUCAUCUAUUUCAACACCCUGACAUAACAUAAAGGCAAGCGCUGAGCCACACGAUCACCAUACGGACACACACCUCUCUCCCUGAGCAUUCGCUAGGUGAGGCGCUCCAUCGGGCCAACCCGCUCCACUCAUGAACCAGCACCACCCGCAGAACCAUUUUCUGAAAAUAAACAACAAGAACUGCUGUGUGUUCCGAGAUGACUUCAUUGCCAAUGUGUUGCCGCCGGUGUUGGGCCUGGAAUUUGUGUUCGGGCUUCUGGGCAAUGGCCUUGCCCUGUGGAUUUUCUGUUUCCACCUCAAGUCCUGGAAAUCCAGCCGGAUUUUCCUGUUCAACCUGGCCGUGGCUGACUUUCUCCUGAUCAUUUGCCUCCCGUUCCUGACGGACAACUACGUGAGGAAGUGGGACUGGAGGUUUGGGGACAUCCCUUGCCGGCUGAUGCUCUUCAUGCUGGCCAUGAACCGCCAGGGCAGCAUCAUCUUCCUCACGGUGGUGGCCGUGGACAGGUAUUUCCGGGUGGUCCAUCCCCACCAUGCCCUGAACAAGAUCUCCAAUCGGACAGCUGCCAUCAUCUCUUGCCUCUUGUGGGGCGUCACCAUCGGCCUGACGGUUCACCUCCUGUACAAAAAGAUGCUGACCCAGAAUGGCUCUGCACAUCUGUGCAGCAGCUUUAGUAUCUGCAACACCUUCCGGUGGCAUGAUGCCAUGUUCCUCCUGGAGUUCUUCCUGCCGCUGGGCAUCAUCCUGUUCUGCUCAGCUAGAAUCAUCUGGAGCCUGCGGCAGAGACAAAUGGACAAGCAGGCCAAGAUCAAGAGAGCCAUCAAUUUCAUUAUGGUGGUGGCCCUUGUCUUCAUCCUCUGCUUCCUUCCCAGUGUGGCCGUGAGAAUUCGCAUCUUCUGGCUCCUGUACAGCUCAGGUACGAAGAAUUGUGAAGUGUAUCGCUCUGUGGACCUGGCAUUCUUUAUCACUCUCAGCUUCACCUACAUGAACAGCAUGCUGGACCCCCUGGUGUACUAUUUCUCCAGUCCAUCUUUUCCCAACUUCUUCUCAUCUUUGAUCAACCGUUGCCUCCGGCGGAAGACACCAGGUGAGCCAGACAAUAACCGGAGCACGAGUGUCGAGCUCACGGGGGACCUGAACACUACCAGAAAUGUUCCAGAUGGACUGAUAGCUGAUCCCAGUGAGCCAUGGAGCCCCUCUUAUCGGGGGCCAACCUCUCGUUAAAUAACCACGCCGAGAAGGGGUGUUGUCACCAAGAAUCAAGAUCUCUGGAGAAACAGUUUGGCUGUUGCACAGAGUAAUGUCAUUGGACUUGGCCUAAGGUUUCCUAGAAUUUCCAGAUUCGGAGGAUCUAAUUCAGAGAAACAGCGUGGCAGAGUGGGAGCCUGGUUGCAAGCUGUGACCACAGAAACCUUGGGGGAACAGAGAAUAAAGCUUCUGGGCAUCUGAAACUUUUGCUUGAUCUCUGAUGCUCAUGGGAUUGAAGGUGGGCAAAUUGUCAACAUUUUGUUGAAUAGAGUUGGAGCCACAGAGCCACCCAUGGGUACCUGUGACUUUCUGGCCUUUAUUCACCUGUCUGAAACUUGGACGACUCUCAACUCCCAGGGCGAUAUCUAACCUGUUUGUGGGCUCCAGAAGGUAUAAGGAGAGCUAAGAGACUGGAGAGUUAUGUUGAUCCUGGUGGGAGCCCAGGCACCACUAAACAA